GAAUUAUGACAAUAACUGCCUCUACCACAUUUAUAUUCCAUUUGUAAUACAGUGUGUUUCAUUGGAAUUUUGAGUUAAAGAACAAUUCUUCAAUGACAAGUCUUCCUUUCAUUUGAUUCAUCUCUGUCUAGUAACAAGUCUUCUUUAAAUUCAGUCCUUCUCUCUUUAGUGAAAAGUAUUCCUCCACCUUGAUGAGUAUAUGGCAGGAAUAUUUUUUUUAUUUUUUUUUAUUUCUCAAUUGGCUUGGAUUAAAUUCACUUUUGGUAAAACAUUGAUAAGUAUUAGGAACAAUUUUUAAAGAAGAUUAUCUGGUUUUGGUAGUACUAUAUAUGGUGUCUUAGUGUUCCAUGAAGGGUAUUCCAUAGGUGGUGGUGGUGUGGAUCAAAUAGUGGAUGCCAAAGAGUGAACUGUACAGAACAAUGUGAAGCUUAUUUUGUGAUUCACAGUUUUUCUUUUUGGAUUGGAGGAUCUCCAUAGGAUUGUCUAUCAACUAGCUAAGAAAAAAAUCAGAGCUUCUUGAAGAUUCCUUCCCUCUUUGUAAGAGAUGGGGCAUUGCCAUCACAUUAUUGAAGUAGGUUGUGUCCCUCAUAUCUAUAGGGAUAAAUUGUCUUAGCAAAUAAGUUGAUAAGUUUAGUGCUUUUUAGGUCUAUCAGACUAUGUGAAUAUGUCACUGAGAUUGUAAGUUCCCUUGAGUGUUCCUCUUUGUAUAGCUUUUUGGUUCUAAUAAAUAUAAAGAACUUGGAGAAGCAAGCAUAAAAUGUGUAUAAACUUAUAGACAAGAUCAUUCUUCAAAUUGGGGGGGGGGGGGGACAAUCAAUGUCACCUAUCCCCACCUCAGCCGGAUACGGCUCGUCUCCAACGACUGACACUCCAUCGAGCGUCCAACGAUUUUUCCGAUGAUCGACACGUGGACUCCGAUAAAUCGAACGGUUGAAUGACUCCAGCUGUUCUUCCUUCGGGAGCUUCCAUUUUUGCUGUACCUUCAUCACAAUGUCGGUUAAAGGAACGUCCGUUGCAAGGUCUUUAACCUUGGGAGAGAUCAGUUUGUUCAGCCAGGUGAGGCCGAUUGAUGCUCGGACAGCUAUGUGGGAAAAGAACACAGCUCCGGCAGCUGCCAUUAAAAUACCGGUUCAGAAGUUCAGAAAUUUUCGAGGCCAUCGUAUGUGAAACCAGAGAAAUCUUGCCGAAAGAUUCUGACGAUUGCGUCGCCGGUUUGGGAGUUGAGCAUGGGGAGAUGUGGGCUUAAUUUUGCCUAAAGAGAAAUUCAGAUUGCACAAAACAUCAGAUUUUUCAUCAUUGACUCAUAAACCAAAUUCCAAAAACAUAGAAAUCAAUGAUAAAACAGAAAUUUCAUGAAAAACAGAGAAGGCCUUCGAUUUCUUCGUCAUCGACUCGUGCCCAGCCCUUGUCUUUUAAUGAUUUUUAAUCAUCGACCAGUUCUUAUAAAACAAUGAUAAACAAGGGAGGGAAGAAGAAACCCUAGAACAACAAAAAAGAAUAGAUUGUGAACUGAUGGAAGGGACUCGGUAUAGGGUUCUUCUUGCUUGUGUGGAUUUUCAGGUACAAUGCAGUCUGAAAGUCUCCGAUCAAAACGUAUACUUGUAUCCUGGAGAAAACCAGAGAAGGGUUUCAGCAGCAAGAAGAGAAGAGAGAUGUGGGUCAAAUGAAUAUUGAUCGUAGGAUUUAAUGUAGGACAGGUGUCGCACUUUAAGGAGUCGUUGGACGCUUGUUGGAGCGUCAGUCGUUGGAGACGAGCCGGAUCCACCUCAGCCCCCCCCCCCAAAAAAAAAAAAGAAAAAAAAGAAAAAGAAAAAAAAAAGAAGACAAAAUUAUAGUUUUCUUUGGCCUCUUUGAAUGACGGGAACUGUUUCUAUAUAUAUGCCAUGGCAACUUCAAAAGGUUCUUCAAACAUCAGAAAUUUUUCAUACUCAGGAAAACAAUCACUGCUGCCUCCUAAAAGUCCCUUUCCAAGCAUUCCAUCAUCCUAUGCUGAAUACAGCACCAAUCCUGCAAUAGGAUCGAAAGGUAUUCCAAAGCCAAGAGAGGGGCAUAGACACCACCAACGUACUUCCUCUGAGAGCUUUCUAAUAGAGGAGCAACCCUCUUGGCUUGAUGAUCUCCUUAAUGAGCCAGAUACACCUGUGCGAAGAGGUCAUCGGCGGUCUUCAAGUGACUCGUUUGCAUAUUUGGAUGUGGCUAAUGCUUCUAAAAUGGAAUAUGCAGCUCGGGAGGACAAGUUUAAAAAUGCAUCUAUUCCUACUUGGGGAUCAUUGGAAUUUGAUCCUUAUCAAGAUGCACAGCAUGCUUCAUUCUAUACAGAGCCAAAUUCUUUUGGGAGGCAGCAGAAUAGGUCAUGGGAUUCUUCAUUUAAUUCUGUUUACUACCAAACUUCCCGGCAAUCUUCCAGGGACAAUAUUUUACGUCAAAGCUCUGGAAAUUUGUCAGUUCCAUGGGAAUCAGAUGGGGUCUCAUCUACUGCUACUGACAGGCAAGAACUGGAGGAAUCUGGGUCCAAUAAUCCAAGAGGUUCUUCUGAUAAGAGGGACAACUCUUAUGCUAAGCCUUCUGCAUCAGAGACAGAUCCAAAGCGUGCUAAACAGCAAUUUGCUCAGCGGUCUCGAGUCCGGAAACUUCAGUACAUAGCUGAACUGGAAAGGAAUGUCCAAGCUUUACAGGCAGAAGGGUCCGAAGUUUCAGCUGAGCUUGAAUUUCUAGACCAGCAGAAUCUUAUAUUGAGCAUGGAGAACAAAGCCCUGAAGCAACGGCUAGAAAAUUUAGCACAGGAGCAACUUAUAAAAUACUUGGAGCAGGAGGUGUUUGAGAGGGAGAUUGCAAGGCUACGAGCUUUGUAUCAGCAACAGCAGCAGCAAGAACCACCACAAGCAUCAUCAGCUCAUCGCCGUGCCAGCAGCAGAGACUUGGAUUCCCAAUUUGCCAACCUCUCUUUGAAGCACAAAGAGGCCAGUUCUGGUCAUGAGCCAGUCUCCGGACCACUUUGUAUUUGAGUUCUCGUAGGAUGGGAUGCGCCUUAAUAUUUAGGCCACUCUUAUUUGAGUCCUCACAGGAUGUGUCAUAUUUUGUACCUUUCCCUGCAUCAUACUGGUGACCAAGGUAGUGUCUUUCAUGGAGAGGGACCAAGUGUAGUAACCAGAAUCCUGAUGCCCUGACAGAUCACUAUGCCUCCCCACCAACCAUUUUGUGUUUCUCGUAUCUUCAUGAGCACCUGGUGUUCAUUGCCAGAGAAAGUUUGAUUUUCUGGCAGGCGAUUCAUCGGAGGUGAUAACUGCAGUCUUCCUCACCCCCUCCCUCUUAUGUUUUUUUUUUCUCUUCCCUGUAUCUUAGAAAGUGAUUCUUAUUCGAAAUGUACUGUGGCCUUGACUUUUGCUUGUGCCAUUAAACUCCUUUUCAUAAGUAGCGGCAUCAUGGUCUUGAUUUUCUUGACAA